AUGAAGGAAAAUGCAAAGGGGCUCGCUCCAACACACCCUAUCCGCCGUCUUGGUCUGGCAUUGAACUUCUCCGUGUUGUAUUACGAGAUCCUCAAUUCUCCUGACCGUGCCUGCAACCUUGCUAAAACGCGGUGGGCCAAAGACUUUAAAGCUCUCGUAAUAGAAGUCUUAUCGGUUUCGGCCAUGGAGAAGGACGAACUUAAGAAAUUGAAUCAUCUCUCUCUCGUCUCCAAUGUCUGUAACGAAUUGGAAACGCAUCUAGGGGCUACGGAUAAAGUUUUGGCCGAAUUCAUCAUCGACCUUGGCCGCAACUCCGAGACUGUCGACGAAUUCGAUAAGAAGCUGAAGAAGGAAGGCGCGGAGAUGCCUGAUUAUUUCGUCCGCUCGCUGUUAACUGUAAUCCACGGGAUUUAUCCUCCGAAGCCCAAGUCGGAGAGGAAGAAACACGACGGAGAGGAUCGAGGUAAUGAGAAAUACAAAGGCUUGGCUAUUAAGGAUACUAAGGAUAAAGUGAAGGAGCUUGAGAAGGAGAUUGAAUUGGAAGCUCGUGAGCGACAGCGAGAAGAGGAUCGGAAUAGAGAUAGAGACCGAGGUCGGGAUCGGAGAGAUUCCGGUAGAGAUAGGGAUCGACACAGAGACAGACCUCGUGGAGAUGAAGAUGGUGAAGAUAGAAGAAGCGGUAGGCAUAGAGAAAGAGGCCGUAGAAAAGAUGAAGGCGGAGAUGGAAUAAGUGAUAGGCGUAGAGAUAGGAAGGAUGAGUACACGGAGGGCGGUGGUGCGAAUGAGCCGGAGCUGUAUGAGGUAUACAAAGGUAGAGUAACGAGGGUAAUGGACGCUGGAUGUUUCGUUCAAUUCGAUAGAUUUAGAGGGAAAGAAGGUCUAGUCCAUGUUUCUCAGAUGGCUACUAGAAGAGUUGACAAGGCAAAAGAUUUUGUGAAGCGUGAUAUGGAGGUUUACGUCAAAGUGAUAUCUAUUUCGAAUGAUAAGUAUAGCCUUUCUAUGAGAGAUGUUGAUCAGAGUAAUGGCACAGAUUUGAUCCCUCUGAAGAAGCCUAGAGAGGAUGAUUCAUCCAGGAGUAAUCCGUCGUAUAGAACAAGGGAUGGACAAGUUACAAAGACUGGGAUUUCGGGGAUCCGUAUCGUGGAGGAGAGUGAUGUUCCGCCGUCACGUAGGCCAUUGAAGAAGAUGAGCUCCCCUGAGAGAUGGGAAGCGAAGCAGUUGAUUGCCUCUGGUGCCUUGAAGCAGAGUGAGUUUCCAAAUUAUGAUGAGGACGAAGGUGGGAUGCUUUAUCAAGAGGAAGGUGCUGAAGAAGAAGAACUUGAGAUUGAGAUGAACGAAGACGAACCUGCUUUCUUGCAAGGGCAGACCAGGUACUCUGUUGACAUGUCUCCGGUGAAGAUCUUCAAGAAUCCUGAAGGUUCCUUGAGUCGUGCCGCUGCACUUCAGUCCGCCCUCACCAAGGAGAGGAGAGAAAUGAAGGAACAGCAGCAGAGAACAAUGCUUGACUCGAUCCCAAGGAUCUGA